GUCACUUUCAUAAUUUGAAAUCCCCCAACGUUCCGAUUUCUUUCCCUUCUUUUUGUCAAACGCUGCACUCGAGGACACAAAUCAUAGUAAAAAGAGAGAACAAAAUCUGUCUCUUCUCGGAACUCCGUGUUCUUGCAGCUCCGAGAACUCAAAACCAGAAUAAACGUCAAACAUCACGCACCAAUGGGAUGCUUUCUGGGCUGUUUCAGUCUCUCUUCCGACAAAAAACGCAGAAAACCGACCAGGAAAACCUUGCCAGGACAUCGAAGAAUCUGCGGCUACGGGCCUCUGCAUUCCUCUGAUCUGACGACCCUCAAUGUCGCCAAGAACCCAGAAAAGAUAUCGAAUUCGAACCUUAGGUGUGAGGCGGAGGAGAAGAAGGAGACCAAGGCCAGGAAGAGAGUGAGAUUUAAUUUGAAUGUACGGACUUAUGAACCUAUACCAAGAACAUAUGACUAUACCUGCAGUGAUGACGAAGCAGAAGAAGCAGAAGGAAGAAGAACAGAAAUUUAUGCUCCGAAAGAGAACCCAAAGGAUCUGGGCAUGAAAACCUCGUACCCUUCAAACUACAGAUACCGGAAUUGUGCCGACAGCUACGAAGAUGAGGAUCAAAAUGAUCUGGACGACGAAUAUUAUUACACGGAUGAUGGUGAUGAGAUCGACUACCAAGAUGAGGCUGAUGAUGAAGAUGAAGUUGAAAAAGAGAAACAAGCCGUAGGUGCAAGGGACAGGAGCAAGUACGUGACCCAGGUCCUGAAUCCUGUACAGAAUCUUGCUCAGUGGAAAGCGGUUAAAACAAAGCCGGUGGUUAAUGUUAAGGUUAAGCAGCCAAUGAAGGAGAACUUUGAAGCGGCUAAACACGAUCAAGUGAAGCCGCUGCUUCAGGAGAUAGCUAUAGAUGCUAGCCUCUCUAACUGGUUAGCCUCUCCAAAGAAGGAGAUGCCUCUUAUUGGAGAGAUCCUCAAUUCUGGAUAUCACCAACUUGGACAACAGGCAAUAGCUGCUGGUCACUGAGUGUGGAAGAGAAUGUUCGUGCUGUUUGUUGUUUGGUCUCUGCAGCAAUUCUGAUUCUUUGUGUUUGUAUACGGGUGUUUCUGUACCAGUUUCCCCUUUUCGGGUUUUUGAAACAAGAGUGUUUUGUUUUGUC